GAAAAGGACACUUCUCUAUUGUUGAUAGAUAGGUUGUGGUGAAGAAGAUGACGGUUGGGGCAGGGAUAACGGUGGCUGAUGGGAACUUGAAUGUUCUGGGGAAGUGCAUUCUGAGCAAUGUUCACGACAACAUCAUAUUAACUCCGGCAACCGGCGAGGUUCUUAUCAAUGGCGCUUUCCUCGGUGUUCAAUCUGACGGGGUUGGAAGCCGCAGAGUAUUCCCUGUUGGAAAGCUCGAGGGGUUGCGGUUUAUGUGUUCCUUUCGGUUCAAGAUGUGGUGGAUGACACAGAGAAUGGGGACCUGUGGGCAAGACAUACCAUUUGAGACACAGUUUAUGAUUGUGGAAGGACAUGAUGCUUCACACUUUGAAGAAACAGAUGAAGGUUCAGCGUUGUAUGUUGUGUUCCUGCCUAUUCUGGAAGGCAAUUUUAGAGCUGUUAUUCAAGGGAAUGCUGACAAUGAGUUGGAGAUAUGCCUGGAAAGUGGAGAUCCUGCUGUGGAAGAAUUCCAAGGGAGCCACCUGGUUUUUGUGGCUGCUGGAUCAAACCCCUUUGAUGUCAUCACCGAUGCAGUCAAGGCUGUGGAGAGUCAUAUGCAGACAUUUUGUCACCGUGAAAGGAAGAAGAUUCCAGACAUGUUGAACUGGUUUGGAUGGUGCACGUGGGAUGCUUUCUAUACUACGGUUACUGCAGAGGGUGUUAAGCAAGGACUGGAGAUUCUGCAGAAAGGUGGUGUUUGCCCGAAAUUUAUCAUCAUUGAUGAUGGAUGGCAAUCAGUGGGCAUGGAUCCCAACGAUGUUGGUGUUAAUGCUGAUAACUCAGCUAACUUCGCAAAUAGGUUAACUCAUAUCAAAGAGAACCACAAAUUUCAAAAGGAUGGCAAAGAGGGACAUAGGGUGGAGGACCCUGCAAUGGGACUUAAACACUUUGUUUCUGAAAUCAAAGACCAACAUGAUUUGAAAUAUGUAUGUGUAUGGCAUGCCUUAGCUGGGUACUGGGGUGGUGUCAAACCUGGGAUUGCUGGCAUGGAACACUAUGAAUCCAAGUUAGCCUAUCCUGUUUCUUCUCCCGGUGUCCAGUCACAGGAGCCCGAUGGUUCUCUGGAUUGCAUGACAAAGAAUGGGCUCGGUCUAGUGAACCCUGAGAAGGUUUAUACCUUCUAUAAUGAACUGCAUUCCUACCUUGCUUCAGCAGGUAUCUAUGGACUUAAAGUAGAUGUGCAGAACAUUCUCGAGACUGUUGGGGCAGGGCACGGGGGUAGAGUUAAACUUGCAAGAAGAUAUCAUCAAGCACUAGAGGCUUCUAUCUCCAGAAACUUUCCGGAUAAUGGAAUUAUAUCUUGCAUGAGUCACAACACAGAUAGCCUCUACAGUGGAAAGCGGAUAGCUGUGAUUAGAGCAUCUGAUGAUUUUUGGCCUAGAGAUCCUGCAUCUCACACCAUUCACAUUGCAUCAGUUGCAUACAAUACUAUAUUCUUGGGAGAGUUCAUGCAGCCAGAUUGGGAUAUGUUUCAGAGUUUGCACCCAAUGGCUGAAUACCACGCUGCAGCACGAGCAGUGGGUGGCUGUGCUAUAUAUGUCAGCGACAAGCCUGGACACAGCAACUUUGAUGUGUUGAGGAAGCUUGUACUUCCAGAUGGCUCAGUAUUGCGGGCCAAACUUCCAGGACGGCCAACUAGAGAUUGCUUGUUUUCGGAUCCUGCAAGAGAUGGAAAAAGUGUUCUAAAGAUUUGGAAUAUAAACCAUGUUAAUGGAGUUGUUGGCGUGUUUAACUGCCAAGGAGCCGGGUGGUGCAGAGUUGAGAAAACAAACCUCAUCCACGACGAACAACCUGGAACAGUUACUGGAACAAUUCGAGCUAAGGAUGUUGAAUACUUACCAAGAAUCACUCAUGGUGAUUGGAAUGGCGACGUGGUUAUCUAUUCUUACCGCCAAGAAAACUUGGUCUAUCUUCCUAAAAACUGCAUCCUGCCGGUUACAUUGAAGGCAAAAGAAUACGAGGUUUUCACGGUUGUUCCUAUCAAGAACAUGUCGUCGGGAUCUGCAUUUGCUCCUAUAGGCCUUGUGAAGAUGUUGAAUUCAGGAGGAGCCAUCACAGAUGUAAAGUAUGAAGCAGAAGGAACAGGAGCAGUGUGCAUGAAAGUACGAGGCUGUGGUGCAUUCGGAGCAUAUUCAUCAGUGAGACCAAGAAGAAUUGCAGUUGACAGCACAGAAGUGGAAUUCCAAUACGAGGAUGCAUCUGGUUUCAUUACAUUUGAACUGGGAAUCCCAGAAAAAGAGCUGUAUCUGUGGGAUGUUGUAGUUGAUCUGUAAAUGUAUUCAGUUGGGUGCCUCAUUGCAACCUAGACAGUUGCUAUCAUGUGUCAACAUUAAACCUUUGUAAGGAAAUUCUUGUUAAAAUACUAAAAUAAUAAUUGCCA